AUGGCGCCUGAAUGCCAACCUCAAAUGCCUCCCUGGGCAUCCCUGAGGCCUGAGUUGUUCAGGAAAGGAAAAGGGGACUCGGGGAAAAGGAAGAAGUUGAGAGGAGAAAGAGAAGGGAAAGAAACCGACACGGCUUUGAACCUGCUGUCUAAGCGAUCGCUGUCCCAUCCUGGGGCCAUGCCUCUUGCCAGAGGAACCGGUAUCCAGCCCCUCGCAGAACUUACAGCAGCAGCGACCUGGGCGCGUGGAGGCCAUCAAGACCAGUCGCUGCCUAACACCAGCCCGCACUGCCCCAGGUCCCUGCUCGCGGCACAGCGGGCGGCCUCUCAGAGCAGCUCUGCAGGUGACGGCUCGGACCGCACGGAGGGGCUUGUCUCCCUGGGCGACCUCGACUCUGUGGAUUCUGGGCACGCAGAAUCAGGCUGUGCUGCGUGA